CCGGAUGUGGUGCACACGUGAAAAACACUACUGAUGCUCACGAUUUGGGAAUAUGACCUAAUAGAAACCCGUCUGGUCAGUUUAAAGUUAGUUUGAAUUUUGCUAUCCGUUAUUUUGAGAAGAACAAGGUCUAGAAGGCACAGAUCUCAACUGUGAAGAUGGAAGGAAAGGAGCAGAAACGGCAUCAGCAGAGGCAAAGUGGCCCCAAAGCUGCAAAGAAGAAGAGGAAGCAGAGGGAUCAGGGUGCAGAGCGGGAGCAGGAUGACCGCAAAAGAAAUCCAAAAGCAUUUGGGGUGCAUUCAGCCGUGCGCAUGGCCAGGACCUUCCACAGGACCCAAGACAUCAAAACUAAGAAACAUCAUAUACCUUUGGUGGACCGCACACCUUUGGAGCCACCCCCAGUCGUGGUGGUUAUAAUGGGGCCUCCAAAAGUGGGCAAGAGCACCCUGAUCCGUUGCCUGAUCAAAAAUUACACCCGGCAGAAGCUUUCAGACAUCUGUGGUCCAGUAACAAUAGUCUCAGGAAAGAAACGGCGUCUGACCUUUAUUGAGUGCAACAACGAUAUAAAUACCAUGAUAGAUCUGGCAAAGGUUGCAGACCUGGUCCUGAUGCUGAUAGAUGCUAGUUUUGGGUUUGAGAUGGAGACUUUUGAGUUCCUAAAUAUCUGCCAGGUUCAUGGUUUCCCUCGUGUCAUGGGAGUGCUUACACAUUUGGACUCAUUCAAAAACACCAAGUCACUCAAUAAGACUAAGAAACGUCUCAAACAUCGCUUCUGGACUGAAGUGUACCAGGGAGCCAAGCUGUUUUACUUGUCUGGAAUGGUGUAUGGUGAGUACCAGACACAGGAAGUGAAGAAUCUUGGACGAUUCAUUUCAGUCAUGAAGUUUAGACCCUUGGUGUGGCAGACGUCUCAUCCUUAUGUUUUGGCUGAUCGGAUGGAAGAUCUAACUGAUCCAGAGGCUAUUCGAUUAGAUCCCAAAUGUGACAGAACUGUCUCUUUGUAUGGCUACCUGCGUGGGACAUUCCUGAAAAACAAAGGCCAAGUUCAUAUUCCAGGAGUAGGAGACUUCUCUGUAUCCGAUAUCAGCUUUCUUCCUGACCCGUGUCCUCUGCCGGAGAUGCUGAAGAAGAGGGCUCUUAAUGAAAAAGAGAGACUUCUCUAUGCUCCCAUGGCAGGGGUUGGAGGACUGGUGUAUGAUAAAGAUGCAGUGUACAUUGACAUGCCUGUUGGCCAUGUCAAACAGGACCAGGAGGAAGUGCGUCCGGCCACAGAGCUGAUGCAGUCCCUCAUGGGCACACAGGCCACUCUAGAUGACAAGAUUGCUGCCAGCAAAGUUUCACUCUUCACAGGAACUGAAGCACUGACUCAAGAGGAAGUACAGGAGAAAAGUGAAAAAGAAGGACCUGUAGAGAGCCGAGUGUGGGACCCGGAGACUCAGCGAGAGAGGAGGAGAGCUGUCUUUAGUGAGGAAGCAGAGGAGGAGGAGGAUGAUGAAGGAAGUGAUGAGGAAGAAUCAGAUGAAGAAGGUGAAAGCAAGAAAGAAAAGGCAGUUGAGGAGGAGGAGGAGGAGGAGCAAGAUGAUGAUGAGGAGGAUGAAUUUGAAGAUGAUGAUGAGGAGAGCAAUUUGCCAAAGGAUGAAAGUAAAACGGUAAAGGAGGUAGCUCCUCCCAUGAAGAAACAGAAGCUGGAGGGAAAUAGAAAUGAUCUAAGUACUACCACUACCAGGCCUGUAGUAGAGAUGCCGGUAUUUGCAGACAGUGAUGAUGAACUAGAGAAGAGUGAAGAAGAAGAAUCUGAAGAAGAUGAUACUGAUGAUGAGGAAAUGGAGGAAGAGAAACAGAAGCCUAAAAAAAGAAGCGCCCCACCUCCAGACUCUGGUAACUGCUCUGAGGAGGGUAGUGAGGAGGAGGAGGAGGAUGAUGAUGAUGAUGAUGAUGAUAAUGAUAAUGAAGUGGGGGAUUUGCAAAGUGACAAUGACUCAGAAACAGAAAAACAAGUAAAUGUUAGACCAGCUGCAAAGCUAAAGACGUCGCCUGAUGAUGAGGAGGAGGAGGACAUGGAUGAGGAGAUGUAUGCUGAGGAUGAAGGCGAGCUGGGAUCUGAAACUGCUGGAGCGCUACGCUGGAAAGAAGAUUUAUCCCGGAAAGCCAUGGAAGCGCAUCAGAGACGACAAAGUGGCGCACCUAACCUACGCAAGCUGGUGUAUGGUACAGUGGUGGAGGAAGAGGAUGAAGCCAACAGUGAGGAGGAGGAGCUGGGUGGGCUGUUCCGAGUUAGCCGGCCUGAGAAGAGUAAGAAAGAGCGAGCAGAUGCCGUGGACUGCUCCCGCUUCCAGCCUGAUGCAAGUCAUAACUGGGACCAGGAGGAGAUGUUGGCCUCCAUAAGGGACUGCUUUGUAACUGGAAAAUGGGAAGAAGAUAAAGAUGCUGCCACUCUGCUUAAACAGGAUGACGAACUGUAUGGAGAUUUCGAGGACCUGGAAACAGGAGAGGUUCACAAAGCAACCUCAGGAAAGGGAGAUGAAGCAGAGCAGGGAGAUGAGGAGGAGGAGGAAGAUGAUGAAGACGAAGCACCCACAUUAGUGAAGGUUGAUGAUGACGAAGCUCAGAGAAACAAGCGUUUGGAAAAGAAGAGGAGACUGAAGGAGAGGUUCAACGCGGAGUACGACGAUGGAGAUGCUACCUACUUUGAUGAUCUCAAAGAGGAGAUGCAGAAGCAGGCUGAGCUUAACAGGGCUGAGUUUGAGGACAUGGAUGAUGAGACUCGUGUUCAGUAUGAGGGCUUCAGACCUGGCAUGUAUGUGCGUCUGGAAAUCCCUGCGCUUCCGUGCGAGUUUGUUACCAACUUUGACCCACAUUAUCCAGUCAUACUGGGUGCUUUGGGAGCCAGUGAAGGCAAUAUAGGCUAUCUGCAGAUGCGUUUGAAGAAGCACCGCUGGUAUAAUCGUAUCCUGAAGACCCGUGACCCGCUCAUUUUGUCAUUAGGCUGGCGACGUUUCCAGACCAUCCCUCUGUACCACAUUGAAGACCACAACGGGCGCCACCGCCUGCUCAAAUACACUCCUGAACAUAUGCACUGUGGCGCUUCUAUCUGGGGACCUAUCACACCCCAGGGGACAGGCUUUCUUGCUGUUCAGAGAGUUGCAGGGGCUCAAGCAAAUUUUCGCAUUGCAGCCACUGGGGUUGUCUUGGACUUGGACAAAUCUGUGACCAUUGUGAAGAAGCUAAAGCUGAUUGGAUAUCCAGAUAAGAUUUUUAAGAACACCUGCUUUGUCCAGGGAAUGUUUAACACGGUGCUGGAGGUCGCAAAGUUCGAGGGUGCCUCUGUUCGCACUGUCAGUGGGAUCAAAGGUCAGAUUAAAAAGGCUCUCCGGACACCACCUGGAGCCUUCCGAGCCACGUUCGAGGACAGACUCCUGAUGAGUGAUAUUGUUUUCCUGCGCUCCUGGUAUCCUGUCUCGGUUCCUCAGCUGUACAAUCCAGUGACGUCUCUGCUGAUGCCUGUUGGUGAGAAGGACACAUGGACGGGUAUGAGGACCCUUGGGCAGCUCAAACACGACUUGGGAAUAAGGAAUCAACCCAACCAAGACUCUCUGUACAAGCCAAUUGAGAGGCAGAAGAGACACUUCAACCCCCUCCAUAUCCCCAAAGAGUUGCAGCAGGCUUUGCCGUUCAAGAGCAAACCCAAACAGCAGGAAGCCAAGGGCAAAAUCCCCCGGGACCUGCAGAGACCCGCUGUGAUCCGGGAGCCCCACGAGAGGAAGGUGGCAGCAUUGCUCAAUGCCCUGAGCACAGUCUACUCUCACAAGAAGAAGACAGUACAGGCAGAGCAGCACAUGAAGCACAAAGAAUUCCUGAAGAAGAAGGAGAAGCAGGAGGCGGAGAAACUGAAGAGGCAAAAGGAGGAAAGAAAAAAGGUGUUCCGUGCUAUGGGACAGAAGGAGAAAAAGAAACUCAAGGCUAGUCUGAAGGGCGCUUCUAAGAAUGACUGAGCUUGUUGUAGCUAGUGCUGCUGGACGUCUGCUCUGAGAGCGGGGAGGGUCCCACAUUCUAGCCAUGUCUCACUGUAUAGCCUACACCAGCUGAUGUGUAUGCUCUAGUGAGGACAUUUACACUGUUAUGUGGGCCAUGGAGCUGGGUCUUAUAUAUAUAUAUAUAUAUA